AUGAAAAGACAUUGGAUGACCCAUACUCGCGAACGAACAUUUUCCUGUGAACAAUGCUCAAAGGCAUUUUUUAGCGCUUCAAAUUUAAAGAGGCAUCUGAGAACGCACACUGUCGAGAAACCCUUCGCCUGUGAACAUUGCUCAAUGGUAUUUUCUAAAGCUUUAUAUUUAAAAGAUCAUGUGAGAAUUCAUAUUGGCGAAAAACCAUAUAAGUGUGAAAUUUGUUUUAAGGAGUUUCCUGAAAUACGGCCCCUGGAAAGACACCGGAAAACCCAUACUGGUGAAAGAACAUUUUCCUGUGAACAAUGCUCAAAGGCAUUUUUUAGCGCUUCAAAUUUAAAGAAGCAUCUGAGAAUCCAUACUGGCGAGAAACCCUUCGCCUGUGAACAUUGCUCAAAGGUAUUUGCAGAUGGUUCAAAGCUAAAAAAUCAUGUAAGAAUUCAUACUGGCGAAAAACCAUAUAAGUGUGAAAUUUGUUCUAAGGAGUUUUCUGAACUAGGACACCUGAAAAGACACCGGAGGACCCAUACUGGCGAAAAAACCAUUUUCCUGUGA